AUGGAGCCAAAGAAAUGCGAACCUGCGACCUUCCUCAAAUGUAAGCAUGAGUAUUGGCAACAUCGCCAACGUGUAUUAAACCGAAAGGAAAAAAUGUUCAACUCAACCCCAAGUAGUUUUGAGUACAGCCAACCUAUUGGUGAGGGGCGCAUCCGCCCGCAUCAGUCUGAUCGCGAUCGUCAGAUUAACUACGACAAUUCCAAGCUUGUUGAUCGGAUGCUAUAUAUUAUGCAAGGUCAGGGUGGCAUUAACAAUAGCCCGCCUUGGCGGGAUCACAACAAGGCCAUCAAUUCCCAACACGUUCGGGAGCUCAAUCAGCGCCGUAUUGCUCAUGAGAACCUCCGGCUGCUCGAGCGCAUUGAGAAGGUUGAGUCGGUCUACAAGGCGGAGGACUUUGAGUCUGCACAUGCUCAGAAUGAGAUCUACGCCGCGCGGAUUAGCCGUUAUCCCUAUCCCUCCAAGCACAGGUAA